AUGGGUUUGGAUAACGACGGUGGCAGUCAUGUAGCUGCCAAUGCCGUGUUGGACGGCGAUGUGCCUGUGUCUGGCCCAAGCAGACACAUCGCUGUCGCCAGUCCUCCAAAUGCAUACCGGCACUCGAUGGACGAGUACUAUCAGCGCGAGGCAAUGGGAUCAUCAAUCAUCCCCUCCGGCGCACCUCCCGAUUACGACGCCCUCCUCGACUCCCCAAGUCUGCGCCGAAGAUUCAAUAUCCAGCCCCGCGAAGACGAAGGCCGCGAGGUUCUUCCACCAUACUCCAGCGCCAUCAGCCUGCGGGCUGUCUUUCAACGGAAGAUGGAGCUCGAGGGAGCCGUCCACCGCGCGCAGAACAGGAAUUGGGUCAGAGUCUAUGUCACAUUACAGGGCACAGCAUUAACAUUCCACAAAUGCAAGAUUCCUGGGAUCCUGGGGACGAAGGGGAGGACGACUCCGGAUUUCCCGACGGGCACGACGAAGGGCGCGUUUCUGCAGAGCUAUAACCUGCAGCAUGCGGAUGUCGGAAUCGCGGCAGAUUAUGUCAAGAAGCGCUUUGUUAUCCGUGUUCGUGCGGAGGCAGACCAAUUCCUGCUCUCUUGCCACAAAAUCGAGACGUUCGUCCUCUGGCUGCAAUCCCUCUUCGCAGCCAUCGACCUGGCACCUCCCCUCGACGACCGAGAAAUCCCGCGGGAUCUGAGCGUGCCGCGACGGAUCAGGCGGCGGAUACGUGUUGAAGCCGCAGCUGAAGGGGAAGGCGGUGACCACAAUGAGGACAUCGUCAGACAACAAGAAGAGAUCCUACAGUCCCAAUUCCCUACCCUAACGGAUGGAACGGAAGAAGGAGAAGGAGAUGCGUCUGACUCGCAAUCCCUCGCACCAUCCGACACUAUCCCGGAAGAUCCGGAAUCCCCUACCCAGUCAUCAUUAGACGUGGCCUCUCCCCCCUCCGACGCCCCCGACCCCUCUCACCCUGCAACAGCAAUCGAUGCCGGCCCCUCCUCUGCCUCCCAAGGUCUCAUUGCUCGUGCUCGUCAAGCUAUCCAAUCCACAGCCCACCUCUCGCAGUACGCGCCUCACUCCUCUACACCCAAUCCCUCUAUCUCUGCAGACGGGAAAUGGAAGCCCACGCACCACUGGAGCCAUUUCUACGAUAUGAUGUACGCGAAGCGGUGCAUGGCUAUCUUGACGCAUCGGAGUCCUAGGAAGAGCAAUCUGGUGAUUAUGAAAGGGAAGCAAUGGAUUGUGGAUUGGGCGACGGGAGCGCUGACGAGGUGCGAGCCGCCGGAUUAUGGCGAGUUAAGUGCUAUCGUGGCGAAGGAAAAUGCUCCUCGUGUUAGAGCCGCUGGCCAGUUGGCGAGCGCUUAG